UAUUUUCUUAGAAUAAAUAUGUCAUUAAAUGCUUUGUCCAGAUAUGAUGAUGCAGAAGACGAAAUUAAUGAUGCUGAUCACAAUUUAGUUAUAUCUGCUCCACCUGUGGUGCAAACUUAUUCACCAGAAGAAAAGACCUCAAGACCUUCAUCAGUCCUUGAUAAACCGAAAGGCUUGGUGUCAUAUUUUGGUGGAAGUGAUGAAGACAUUACAUCGUCUGAAGAUGAAGCAGGCGAUGAUAAUAAUACACCAGUUUCGAAAUCUUAUGUUGUAAACUUAGGACUCUAUGAUGGUUUGUCUGUGAUGUCCUCCACUGGGAGCGCAUCACCUGGCUCUUUAAAUGAAAACAUUGAAAAGGAAGAUCGCGGAAAAGAGCAGGAUGACGGAGUGCGACUUCCCCCUGAGCCUGAAGGUCGCUGUUCGAAAUCACUGCAAGAAAAAGUAGCAAAAAUGAUCGAAAAGAAUGUAAAUGUGAAUGAAUAUGUUCAAAGAAAGAAAGAGUUUAGAAAUCCAAGUAUUUACGAAAAAUUGGUUAGUUUUAUUGGUAUAGACGAGCAUGGAACGAAUUUCCCCAGACAUUUAUACGAUCCAACAAAAUGGGGACCACAGUCAUAUUACGAUGCUUUGGCUAAAAAGCAGAAAGAGCACCAUGAUAAAAAAGAAAAAGAAAAACUCAAAGAAAAACGAACACAAGUUGAAUUUAUUACGAGUACUAAGAAACCAAUCUCUAGUGCUAGUAGUGGGACAACAGAAAAGAAGUCAAAAUGGGACCAAAAGGUUCUCCCUAUAGCAAAAUAGACAGAAACAUUUACUUACUUACACUUGUCGAGUGAUGUCUAAAGUAAAUUAUUAUCAAUAUGUUUGUGUAUUUCAACUUAAUCUAAAGGAGUAACAUAUAAUUUAACUUUCAAUUUGUAAUUUUAAACAAGGUUAAAUAAAAAAAGGAUAAAACUUUA